GUGGGUAGUGGAGGCAGAGGUCGAGGUUGGGCGGCCGUAGAGGAUGACACCAUGUCAGCUGCUUCUUUAAGUCGUCUGUUGGGAAUUGUGCCCCAGCGUAUCAGUCACCAGCUCUUUUGUUUCCACACCUCCCAAAGAUGCUGUAAAAAUGUGACCUUUGGUCAAAGCCAUGGCCCAACCACUGCAACAGAACAAGAAAAUGCGAGGAAAAAUCAAAAAUCUGGCAAAACUGCAAAGUUUCCCAGGACUAACAUAACUUUGGAAGAAAGGCUGGCUGAUGCUGUGACCCCACUCUGGAGAAUGAGCUAUGAGGAGCAGCUGCAGGUUAAAUAUGAAGCUCAGAAGAGGACCCUUCAGCUUCUCACUGCCAGUAUCACCAAUUGCUCUGGGACCGAUGGCCUGUGUUGCCCACUUCAUUCAACUCUCCCCUCGCCAGUUACUGUCGGAUAUCGCAACAAGUCAACUUUCUCCGUGAACAGAGGGCCUGAUGGCAAUCCCAAAACGGUUGGGCAUUACAUUGGAACUGGUAAAGGGAGAAAUAUUGUUUGUACCCAUUCAGAUCACCUGGUAAACAUGCCUGAGAAACACAAGCAAGUAGCCAGAGGUUAUGAGCAGUUUAUCCGGCAUUCUCCACUGGAUCCCUGCAUCUUGUUUCGUGAAGGAGGACACUGGCGGGAAAUCACAGUCCGCACAAACAGAAGGGGAGAUGUGAUGGCCAUUGUCUACUUCCAUCCUCAGGACCUGGAGAAGGAGGAAAUUAGCAAACAUCAGAAAUCAUUGGUGGAAUAUUUUACCACUGGACCGGGAGCUGUAUGUGAAUUGACCUCCCUCUACUUUCAGGAGAGCACAAUGACCCGCUGCCUCCACAAGGAGUCACCCUAUCGGCUUCUCUAUGGUGCUCCCUAUAUCUUUGAGGAACUAUUGGGCCUGACCUUCCGAAUCUCUCCAGAUGCCUUCUUCCAAGUGAACACUGAAGGAGCAGAGGUCCUGUAUCAAACCGUUCGUGACCUGAUCAGAGCAGAUGGUGACUAUAUAGUGCUUGAUGUCUGCUGUGGUACAGGAGCUGUUGGUUUGACAGUGUGCCAAGGAGCAGCCAGAGUGAUAGGAAUUGAGCUAAUUGAUCAGGCUGUGGAGGAUGCCCAGUACAAUGUCAUGCUUAAUGGUAUUGAUAACUGUGAGUUCCUCAAGGGUAAAGCAGAGAUUGUUUUACCACAGUUGCUGCCCUCACUGGAGGAUGCCAAGGCCCUCGUUGCUGUUGUGAAUCCAUCCCGGGCUGGACUGCAUUACAGGGUGGUGCGAGCAAUUCGUAACUGUGAGCAGAUCCGGAGGCUUGUGUACAUCUCCUGCAAACCAGAGGGUGAAGCAAUGAGGAACUUUGUUGAACUGUGCUGCCCGCCUGACCAACAGAAGAAGCUGUUUGGUGAUCCCUUCGCUCCAACAUUAGCUGUACCUGUGGACAUGUUCCCGCACACCUGUCACUGUGAGCUUGUGCUGCUAUUUGAGAGAUAAGUCAGCGACCACCCCUUGAGUGAAGAGAUUGUUUGCUGAAAACAUACACUUAAUAUUAAAAAAAAUUAAUAUUUUAAUAAAAUAUAUUAAAAAUA